GCUUCCUGCCUCAGCCUCCUGCUGCUUUGCUCUCUGGGAGAUCCAGCUCCUUGCUCUGUGUCCCAGUAGAACAUGACCUGGCCCAUGCACACCCCACUGCUGCUGCUGACUGCCUUGAUGGUGGCCGUGGCCAGGAGUGCCUCGGCCCAAUCUAGGACCUUGGCAGGUGGCAUCCAUGCUGCAGACCUCAAUGACAAGAGUGUGCAGCGUGCCCUGGACUUCACCAUCAGCGAGUACAACAAGGACAUUAGUAAGGAUGAGUACUACAGCCGCCCUCUGCAGGUGAUGGCUGCCUACCAGCAGAUCGUGGGUGGGGUGAACUACUACUUCAAUGUGAAGUUCGGUCGAACCACAUGCACCAAGUCCCAGCCCAACUUGGACAACUGUCCCUUCAAUGACCAGCCAGAACUGAAAGAGGAAGAGUUCUGCUCUUUCCAGAUCAAUGAAGUUCCCUGGGAGGAUAAAAUUUCCAUUCUGAACUACAAGUGCCGGAAAGUCUAGGGGUCUGUGCAAGGCCUGUCACACUGACCACCUCCUACUCCCACCCCUUGUAGUGCUCCCACCCCUGGACUUGUGCCCCCCCCCCCCCCAGGGGAGGUCUCCUCAUGUGCCUGCACCAGGAGACAGACAGAGAAGGCGGCAGGAGGCCUUUGUUGCUCAGCAGGGGGCUCUGCCCUUGCUCCUUCCUUCUUGCUUCUCACAGCCCCAGUGUGCAGUGCACACUCUCCCAACUCCUGCAAUUAAACAGUAGCAU